UUUCCCCUCCUCCUAAAUUGCAGUUUUAGUUCCUUGCAAUUCCGAGGUGCAAAAGUAGGUGAGACUGCUUUUGUAUCCGCAAAGUGCUUCAUUUCGGGAAGGCAAUUCUAAGCGAGUGCAAUCUAGGUUAAAAGCUGGACAACCGGAUAAUUAGAGCGCUCUCGCUGCUAAAGGACAAUCAGCUGAGAGAGAGAGCCCCGGUGUCUGCUUCAGGCGCUCCCGCAGACUAGGUCCCGCUCUUUCCUCCUCUGAGCGGAGGCGAUUGGAGACGGCGCAUCUGCACCCGGGCUUCCUGGGGACCCUGAGAUGAUGGUGCUGGACAAGGAGGACGGUGUGCCAAUGUUAUCGGUGCAACCAAAAGGAAAGCAGAAGGGAUGUGCCGGCUGCAAUCGUAAGAUCAAGGACCGCUACCUUCUGAAGGCCUUGGAUAAGUACUGGCAUGAGGAUUGCUUAAAGUGUGCCUGCUGCGACUGCCGCCUGGGAGAGGUUGGAUCUACACUUUACACAAAAGCCAAUCUCAUUCUCUGCCGCAGAGAUUACCUGAGGCUCUUUGGGACUACUGGGAAUUGUGCUGCCUGCAGUAAGCUGAUCCCUGCCUUUGAGAUGGUGAUGAGGGCCCGAGAUAACGUUUACCAUUUGGACUGCUUUGCCUGCCAGCUUUGCAACCAGAGAUUCUGCGUGGGGGACAAGUUUUUCCUGAAGAACAACAUGAUCUUGUGUCAGAUGGACUAUGAGGAGGGGCAACUGAAUGGAAGCUUUGAGCCCCAAGUUCAAUAGCAAAUCCAGUUUGGCUGAAACACUGUGGAAUGGACGUUCAGCCACACUAGCAGUGAAAGGCGUCUCUCAGCUUGCCUGCAAUAUUUUUUUAAUCCUUGGUCCCCAAAGGACGAUCUACAUUGUAGUAUCUUUCUC